AUGAAGUCGACUAUCAUCCCCGUCCUCCUGGCCGGUGCCGCUUCGGCUCUGCCUACUGUCAAUAUCACGGCUUCGACCUGCGUCGCCCCUUCGAAGCGCAUCGAAUGGCGCCAACUUGGCGCCGCCAACCAGCAGAGCUACCUCAAUGCUGUCAAGUGUCUCAAGACCAAGCCCUCCCGGCUGGGUAUUGAGCCUGCCUCGACUCUCUAUGACGACUUCCCUUACGUUCACUUCCAGCUCAACAACUACAUCCACGGCGGCGCUCCCUUCCUGCCGUGGCACAGAUACUUUACCCACGUCUACUUUGACGCCCUGGCCGAGUGUGGCUAUGUUGGGCCCGGCACCUACUGGGACUGGACCCUCGACACGGACGGCCUGCGCUUUUCGCCCGUGAUGGCUGCCGAGAACGGCUUCGGCGGCGACGGCAGCGACACGCGCACCGAGCCCAACGCGGACCCCAAAGACAAACGCCCGUUCCGCUGCGUCAGCGACGGGCCCCUUGCCAACAUCCGCCCUUACUACGUCGCUAUCACCCCUAAGGAGAUGAAGGCUGGCGGGCACUGCCUGUUCCGCAAGCUGCCCGAGGUGUCGGAGCCGGAGGCGUUCAAGAAGAUGAUGGAGGGCUCCAUCAUCGAGCCGGCCCUGUCGAACGUGCAGGCGUCCGGCAACUGGUCGACGUACGCCUGGGCGCUCGAGGGCGGGCCGCACGGUGUGAUCCACGCGUCCCUCGGUGGCGAGAUGAACCCGACGACCUCUCCCAACGAACCGCUCUUCUUCCUUCACCAUGCCCAAAUCGACCACCUCUGGUGGCUGUGGCAGCAGGAGGACACCAGCAAGCGCCUUACUGAGUACAACGGCCCCGCAUUUCACUUCAACGAGGAGGGCUCGCGCGAGGUCAGCCUCGACGACGUCCUGCCCAUGUACGGCCUCGUCGAGCGCGAGCUGACUGUCCGGGAAGUCAUCGACACCUACGGCGAGCUGUGCUACUCGUACUAG